AUGUCCGCUAAAACAGCUGCACCAAGGGUUCCUUCCAAUGCAACUUUCAAGAGCAAAGAGAAGCCACAGGAGGUUCGUAAGGCGAAUAUUAUUGCUGCGCGUGCCGUUGCCGAUGCGAUCAGAACAUCGUUGGGUCCCAAGGGGAUGGACAAGAUGAUCAAAACUUCUCGUGGCGAGAUCAUUAUCUCCAAUGAUGGGCACACCAUCCUGAAACAGAUGGCUAUUUUACACCCAGUGGCGAGAAUGCUGGUUGAUGUUUCCGCCGCACAGGAUGCUGAAGCCGGUGACGGUACGACAUCCGUUGUUAUACUGACAGGUGCAUUAUUGGGGGCAGCAGACAGACUGCUGAGCAAAGGUAUUCACCCUACAAUUAUUGCUGAAUCUUUCGAAAAGGCGUCGAGGAGAAGCGUGGAGAUACUAUUGGAAAUCUGUCACAAAAUCUCUUUGAACGAUAGAGAAGACUUGAUUAGAGCUGCUACGACUUCUCUAUCUUCCAAAAUUGUCUCUCAACACUCGUCCUUCCUUGCCCCAUUAACUGUCGAUUCCAUACUCAAGAUUUGUGAUGAAAACUCCACAACUGUGGAUUUGAGUGAUAUCAGGUUGAUCAAGAAAGUGGGCGGUACUAUCGACGAUACGAAUUUGAUCAACGGUGUUGUUUUGACACAGAAUGUUGUGAAAAAUGCCGGUGGGCCCACGAGGAAAGAGAAGGCAAAGAUUGGGUUGAUCCAAUUCCAAAUUUCACCCCCCAAACCAGACACUGAAAACAACAUUGUAGUCAACGAUUACAGGCAAAUGGACAAAAUUUUGAAAGAGGAGAGGGCCUACCUGUUGAACAUUUGCAAGAAAAUCAAGAAGUCGAAGUGUAACGUUCUUCUAAUUCAAAAGUCCAUUCUGAGAGAUGCUGUCAACGACCUAGCUUUGCAUUUCUUGGCUAAAUUGGGGAUCAUGGUGAUCAAGGACAUAGAAAGAGAGGAGGUUGAGUUUUUGUCCAAGAGUCUCGGAUGUAAGCCAAUCUCUGACUUAGAACUGUUCACCGAGGACAGAUUAGGGUCUGCUGACUUAGUAGAGGAGAUAGAGAGCGACGGUUCCAAAAUUGUUGUGUUGACCGGGAUCAAGAGCAAUUUGGCCAAACCAACGGUGUCGGUGGUCAUCAGAGGCGCGAAUAACAUGAUUUUGGACGAGACUGAACGUUCUCUGCAUGAUGCGUUAUGUGUGAUCCGUUGUCUAGUAAAGGAGAGAGGUCUAAUUGCCGGUGGUGGUGCUCCCGAGAUUGAAAUUGCUAGAAGACUGUCAAAGGAAGCACGGGCAAUGAACGGUGUGGAAGCCUACAUUUGGCAAGAGUUUGCCGAGGCUCUGGAAAUUAUUCCAACAACUUUAGCAGAAAAUGCAGGCUUAAACAGUAUCAAGGUUGUUACCGAAUUGCGUUCCAGGCAUGAAAACGGCGAAGUCAACGAAGGUAUCUCUGUGAGAAGAUCCGGUACCACAAACACGUACGACGAUCACAUCUUACAACCUGUCUUGGUCAGCACAAGUGCGAUCUCUCUGGCAGCCGAGUGUGUCAAAUCCAUAUUGAGAAUUGACGAUAUCACGUUUAGCCGUUAA